CGCAGGGCGGGCAGCGAUGGCGUCGGGGUGCCGGAUCGGGCCGUCCAUCCUCAACAGCGACCUGGCGGCGCUGGGCGCGGAGUGCAGCCGCAUGCUGGACUGCGGCGCCGACUACCUCCACCUGGAUGUAAUGGACGGACACUUCGUCCCGAACAUCACCUUCGGCCACCCCGUCGUGGAGAGCCUGCGCAAGCAGCUGGGCCAGGAGCCCUUCUUCGACAUGCACAUGAUGGUCGCCAGGCCAGAGCAGUGGGUGAAACCGAUGGCCGUCGCCGGCGCCAACCAGUACACCUUCCAUCUAGAGGCUACGGACAACCCGGGGGCGCUGAUAAAAGACAUUCGGGAGAACGGGAUGAAGGUUGGCUUGGCGAUCAAGCCUGCCACUACUGUUGACCAGUUGGCCCCUUGGGCCAAUCAGAUAGACAUGGCCUUGGUGAUGACAGUAGAACCUGGUUUCGGAGGGCAGAAGUUCAUGGAAGACAUGAUGCCAAAGGUUCAGUGGCUGAGGACACAGUUUCCCUCACUGGAUAUUGAAGUGGAUGGAGGAGUGGGGCCUGAUACCAUCCACAAGUGUGCAGAGGCAGGGGCGAAUAUGAUCGUCUCUGGCAGCGCCAUUAUGAAGAGCGCGGAUCCCAGGUCCGUCAUCAACCUCCUCAGGAAUGUGUGUUCAGAAGCAGCUCAGAAGCGCUGCCUGGACCGGUGAGGCCUUGCCCAAGCGGCGUCCCAGGAGGCCCAGUGCCUGCAGGAGAGCCCUCAUGCCUCCUGCCUGAAGGGAGGGCUGGAGGAAGGUUAAUUACAGGAACUUGUUGCUGCUGAACAGACGAAUCAUUCCUGCGCUGCAAUAAAGCAAGCAGCAGAGGAAACAAAGCCAAGCCUGGGGGCUGUCUUUCAGGGUUGGAAAUGCAGUGGUGUGAGCCUGGCUCUUGAUUCUGUGGAGGCUGAUUUUCACAGCACAAC